AUGACCACUAGGGUUGUUAUCGACGGGAGCGUACUCGAGGGUGGCGGACAGAUUCUACGAAACGCGAUCGCGCUUUCUGCAUUGCUUUCUAAACCUGUAACUAUUCAGAACAUACGUGCUGGCAGGUCACAACCCGGGCUCAAGAAUCAGCAUAGAACUGGCCUGGAACUUGCUGCAAACAUUGCAUCUGCUGAGCUCAUCGGGGCAACAAACGGGUCAAGCGAAGUUUACUUUACGCCGCCCACAUGUUCUCAGAGUAGUCACCCAAUUCACCAUGAAGCUGACUCAGUCACAGCUGGCGCAACGACAUUACUAUUCCAAGUUGCCUUACCACUCUUAUUGUUCGGGGAGAAACGGCGCACUCUUACUUUGAAGGGUGGAACCAAUGCAAUUCAAGCACCACAAGUGGAUUACACUCGCCAUGUUUUCCUGCCCAUGAUUCGUAGAGCUUUUGGGGUCUCCGACGUGACUCUGCAUAUCAAACGCAGAGGGUACUAUCCGAAAGGCGGAGGGGAACUAUUUAUAGAAAUUGAACCAACUCCAGGUCCCUUGAGGAAUAUGACGUGCUUAGAGCGGGGCAACGUACGUUCAAUCUAUGGGAUAGCGCAUUUGGCCGGACUGCCGGGUCAGCUUGGGAGGGACAUGGUUAACGGUGCGAUGGAUAGAUUGAAGAAGGCGGGGUACCCGGAGGUCAACAUUGAUUAUAAGAGAGAAAAGCGUGAGGAUACUGUAGGUGCUGGAAGUGGAAUAGUUCUUUGGGCUGAACUGGAUGGAGGUGGACUUCUGGGAGCCAGUGCGGUUGGAAAGAAAGGUGUGGACGCUAGAAAAGUUGGAGAGCAAGCUGCGAGUUUUUUGAUACAGCAAUUAGAUGCAGGAGGUUGCGUUGAUGAAUGGCUGCAAGACCAACUCAUCAUCUUUAUGGCCCUUGCUGAAGGUUAUUCAGAGAUUCUCUGUGGCCGAGGAGGGUUGACGUUACACACAAAAACAGCAAUCUGGGUAAUGGAACAACUGACAGACGCAAAGUUUGCUAUCGAAGAGACAACUGAUGGGCGGACAAUCAUACGCUGUAAAGGCAUUGGUUAUAGAGUGUCGACGCACCAAUAG